UCUGAUGUAUUUCCGUCUCUGCAGGUAUGAGGAUGUGAUCAGACUGACUGAGGACUACAGAGGAACAACAAGCUGCUGCUGCUUCUUCUUCCAGAAGUUUCUUCAGUCCAUGAAUCCUGAAAGUGUGUGACGGUGGAGCAGCAGUGAGUUGAACAGGGUUGGUGGUUCAUCUCCCACUGAUGAAGAUGAGACGCUCAGAGGGAGGAGAACCUGCAGGGUCUAGCUGUGUCUUCAUGAAGGUCAGAGAUGGACUCGAACCCUUCAAGACCGACCACGAUCUUCCAAACCAAAAAGGUCAUCAGCUCACUCCCAGAGAACAGUCUUCAACCUCCAGCUGUGUGUCCAUGAGGAGUGAUCUGUCCAAAGUCGACAAUCCAGACUUCAGCGCUGAAACUAAACCGUCAUUCGAAAAAGGUCAGCAGCUCACGUCCAGAGAACAGUCUUCAACCUCCAGCUGUGUGUCCAUGAAGAGUGAUCUUUCCAAAGUCGACAAUCCGGACUUCAGCGCAGAAUCAAAACCAUCGUUCACAAAAGGUCAGCACCUCGCUCAGACAGUCCAGCCUGUUUCCAUGAGGAGUAACUUGUCAAAAGUGGACAAUCCAGACUUCAGUGCUGAAACUCCAUCUUUGGACUCAAAAGGUCAGCAGCUCAUCCCCAGAGCCCAGACUUCAACAUGUCAGUCCAUGAAGAGUGAUUUGUCCAAAGUUGACAACCCAGACUUCAGCGCUGAAGCCGGAACCACAGACACCAGAAAGAGGAAGAUUGGUGUCUGUGAUGAGGAGCUGCUGUCCUGCUGUUCUUUGUGUCAUGAUGUUCUGAAGGAUCCAGUCUCUACCAGCUGUGGACACUGGUUCUGCAGACGGUGCAUCACCUCAUACUGGGACCAGUCGGAUCCAUCAGGACUCUGCUCCUGUCCACAGUGUGGAGAACAAUCAAGAAGCAGAGUGGGACUACAGACCAUCAGUCAGAACAGAACUGUUCAAGCAGAUGUUGGUCUACAGCAACUUUUAGAUGAACAUCAGAUCUGUGUGAAGAGGAGAAAUGAGAAUACAACUGAAGGAACCGAUGACACAGGAAGAGAGACUCACCUCAAAAGGAUCUACACUGAGCUCUACAUCACAGAGGGACUGAGAGAAACGUGUCAUACCGUCCCCAAGAUCGCCCAUAAUGCUCCUAUAAGAAACCAGGAUAUCUUUAAAGCUUUAACUGACCAACAUGGAUCCAUCAGAGUGGUAGUGACAAAUGGUGUUGCUGGAGUUGGAAAGACCUUCUCGGUGCAGAAGUUCACUCUGGACUGGGCCGAGGGCUUGGAGAACCAAGACAUCAGUGCAGUGAUUCCUCUUUCAUUCAGGGAGAUGAACUUGAUCAGAGAUGAGCAGCACAGUCUUCUCACUCUCAUCCAAGUUUUCUAUCCAACCUUCCAGAAGAUCACAGCAGAGCAGCUGUCUGUCUGUAAACUUCUCUUCAUCUUUGAUGGUCUGGAUGAAAGCAGACUUUCUCUGGACUUCAACAACAGUCAGGUGGUGUCUGAUGUCACUCAGAAGUCAUCAAUCAAUGUUCUUCUGACAAACCUCAUCCAGGGACAUCUGCUUCCCUCAGCUCUGGUCUGGAUCACUUCCAGACCUGCAGCAGCCAAUCAGAUCCCUCCUUCAUGUGUCUCCAGGGUAACAGAAGUACGAGGCUUCACUGACUCCAAGAAGGAGGAGUACUUCAGGAGGAGGUUCAGUGAUGAAGAUCUGUCCAGCAGAGUCUUCUCCCACAUCAAGGCCUCCAAGAGUCUCUUCAUCAUGUGUGAAGUUCCAGUCUUCUGUUGGAUCACUGCUGUGGUUCUGGAGCACAUGAUGAUCAUAGAAAAAAGAAAAGACCUUCCCACCACUAUGACUGACAUGUACUCACACUUCCUGAUGGUCCAGACAAAGAGGAAGAAGAACAAAUACCAUCAGGAACAUGAAGAGAAUCUACAGGAGCUGACAGAGGCUGACAUGGACGUUCUCCUUAAGCUGGGGAGGCUGGCCUUUGAACAUCUGGAGAAAGGAAACAUCAUGUUCUACCAAGAAGACCUGGAGCAGUGUGGUCUGGAUGUCAAAGAGGCCUCAGUGUACUCUGGAGUCUGUACCGAGAUCUUUAAAAGAGAGUGUGAGAUCUUCCACCAACCAGUUUACUGCUUUGUUCAUCUGAGCGUUCAGGAGUUUCUGGCUGCAGUUUACAUGAUGCACUGUUACAACAACAAGAAGACAGAGGUGGUGGAGAACUUCCUGGAGAAUCAGAUGACAAACUCAUCUCCACAAGAAAAUUACUUAACCAUUGAUAAGUUUUUGAUCAAAGUUUUGAAGAAAUCCAUGCAUAACCAAACAGGCUGUCUAGAUCUGUUUGUUCGCUUCAUUCAUGGCCUCUCUGUGGAGUCCAACCAUAAACUUUUAGGAGGUCUUUUGGGUCAGACAGAGAUGAAUCCAGGAGCCAUCCAGACUGUCAUAAAUGACCUUAAAGCAAUGAAACCCUGCCACCUGUCUCCUGACAGGACCAUCAACAUCUUCCACUGUCUGAUGGAGAUGAAGGAUCCCUCAGUUAAUCAAGAGAUCCAAGACUUCCUCAAGUCAGACAAAACCUCAGAAAACAUCCUCCCAGAUAUCCACUGCUCUGCGUUCGCACACAUGAUGCAGAUGUCAGACCAGGUUCUGGAAGAACUGGACCUAAACAAAUACAGCACAACACUUCAUGGUUAUCGGAGGCUGAUUCCUGCUGUGAGAAACUGUAAAAAGUUCCGGCUCAGGUCAAGAUCAGUGAUGGAUAAACUAAAAGGAUGCAAAAAACAUUUUACUCUUGAACUCACGGAUAUUUACUGGGGAAUUGUGGCCUCGGCUCUCAAGUCCAACCCAUCGCAUCUGAUAGAACUGGACCUAAGUGAGAACAACCUGCAGGAUUCAACGGUGAAAAUACUGUGUAAUGGGCUGGAGAGUCCCAACUGCAGACUUCAGACUCUGAGGUUGGUGGACUGCUCCCUGUCAAAGACCAGCUGUGAUCUUCUGGCCUCAGCUCUGAAGUCCAACCCGUCCCACCUGACAGAACUGGAUGUGAGGAAGAACAACCUGCAGGAUUCAGACCUUCAGCAGCUCUCUGAACUGGUGAAGAGUCCAGACUACAAACUGGAGACUCUGAGGUGCCUCUGAUGGUGAAUCAUAGGACAACCUACUGGGAGAAGAAGGGAUGACCACACGGUUUAGUUCACAUUUAAAUGUUACAGUUAAGGGUUUAGGAAACAUUGUAUGAUUCGUGAAAUGUUUUGAGACAAUUAAAGCGUUCUGGAGCAGCAUCUAAGGAAGUUUGGUCAAGCUUCACCCAUAACUUUUACAGGAAAAUUCAAUUUACUUUUUGAUAUUUUUUAGAUUUAAAGGUGUUUAUCAUGUUUUUGUUUACUGAGAUACUGUCUUUUCUUUGAGUCAGAUCAACAGUUUAUUUGUAAAUAAUGUGAAAAGCUUUUAGACCAGAAUCAGUUGAAUCUGUUUCUUUGUAUGACGUCUAUCUUCUUUUCUCACAAGUGACAUCAUCUAUCCAUCUCCUGAACUUUCUGAAUCCCUAUCGGGGUCACAGGGUUGCUGGAGCCUAUCCCAGCUACUGUUGGGCAGAGGCAGGGUUCCUCUUGAACAGGUCGCCAGACUGUCGUAUUGCUCAACUGACAUCCUGUCUUUCAAAUUCGAAUUGGUCGGUCCGCUUUAACAGAAAUCUACAGGCUGGUCCAAUGAUUUUUUUGAAGUGGAAGUUAGGGUUUCCUUAAGCGAGGACCUGGAUCAGUUGUGCCAAAACAGAGAAUAUUGGGGAAAAGAAAACAAUAUUUCACCUUUGUUCAUGUAAUCUCCAUGCUACUUGUUCUACAGCGCUUUGUGUUCUGCGUCCUGGUUGGCUGUAAACCAUCGUCAAUCCUUCUCUGUGCUGUCUCCUAUGUGUUGAGUUUACCAAAUCUACAUAAAUAUUUGAUCAAUAAUCCUGAACUGUUGAACUUUGACAGUUUAAAGAAGACAGAAAAGUGUGAACAUGUUCAUGUAUGUCUGUGAAAAGUGUAUAAAGUGCAUCGCGAGGAGCUCUACAGACAUAAGACAUCUGUAAUCCUACUUUAUGGAUUUCAUCUAUCAUGGGUUAUUUUUAAGAUGUAACCCCUGCAAAAAAAAACGAGGGAACCCUGUAGUAUUAGAGAGAUUACGACAAUAAAUCAAAUGUAAUACAAAGUUUUGACUGAAAAUGAGUCAAAGCUGAAACUGUCAAUAAAAGACUAUAAAUAGACAAA